UUUCUGUUCCCGCUCUGUCUCUGCUCUAAGAUCGGAACGGAACUUACAUCUCUUUCAUUCAUUCUUUCUUUCCUUUUUCUUUCCAUUUUUCCUCAAUUCAAUUCAAUUCAUUCAUUUUUCUCAACCUGUUUGACCCUGUCUGGACUCUGUUCCUCCAAUUACUCCCUAUCGGAUCUUCGGAGUUGAUCAUGACCGUCCCUGCUUCCGGUUUUAUCAUGGAAAGCGACGGAUCAAACUGCCUGCCACUCCCCCCAGAUGUGGAGAAUCGGAUCGUCUCCGACCUUCUGAAGGAAUCCGAGUCUAAUUUGAAAGAAGGCAAUCUCCACUAUGUUGUUUCUAAUCGGUGGUUUAGAAGAUGGCAAUUAUAUGUCGGACAGCCUACUGAAGAAUUUUUUAGCAAAGAUCAGUCCUCUGAUUCCCCACACUUGAAUGUGUCUCCGUUCAACAUUCUAAGACCCGGUCCUAUUGAUAAUUCAGAUAUAAUCAUUAACGGAGGAGAUUCUGAGAAUAACGAGUUGGAGAUAGAAAGAUUUUUGGUGGAACGACGGGAUUAUGUUUUGGUGCCCGGUGAAGUUUGGGAGAAACUUUAUGAUUGGUAUAAAGGAGGACCACCGUUACCAAGAAAGUUGAUAUCCCAAGGUGUCACUCAAAAAAAUUUUUAUGUGGAGGUUUAUCUACUUUGUCUAAAAUUGAUUGAUUCCAGGGAUGGAAGUGAAUCUACCAUACGAUUGAGCAAGAAGGCCACCAUAUCUGAUCUUCGUGAGAAGGUGUUUGCACUUAAAGGAGUAGAGCAAAAAGAGGCGUGUAUAUGGGACUACUUCAACAAAUGGAAACAAUCAGUAUUGGAUGGGACGAGCCAAACCCUUGAAGAACUAAACUUGCAGAUGGAUCAACAUAUCCUCCUUGAAGUUGAUGGAACUACUCUUCAGACCGGUAUGGAUGCCACUCAAAACGAGCUAGCUUUGGUAGCCCUUGAACCUUCAUGGUCACCUUUGUCAAUUGCAGGGGGUGCAGUGAUGUCAAGUGGACAUUCAUCCAGUUAUGGUAAUCAGGGAAGUUCUUUCAGCACAUCAGUUUCUGACAUGGAUGAUAGAAAUGACGUUAGUAGUAUUGUAAAGAACAGAGGGAGGGGUGGUUUGAUAGGGUUGCAGAAUUUAGGAAAUACAUGUUUCAUGAAUAGUGCCCUUCAAUGCUUAGUUCAUACGCCACCCUUUGUAGAAUAUUUUUUACAAGAUUAUUCUGAAGAGAUCAACUCCGACAAUCCUUUGGGAAUGCACGGAGUGUUUGCCCUUGCUUUUGGUGAAUUGUUGAGGAAAUUAUGGUUGCCAGGACAAAGCUCAAUUGCACCACGUGCAUUUAAGGGAAACUUAGCUCGUUUUGCUCCCCAGUUCAGUGGUUAUAACCAGCACGAUUCCCAAGAACUUCUUGCAUUCUUACUGGAUGGUCUGCAUGAAGAUUUGAAUCGUGUUAAGAGGAAACCUUAUUUUGAAACAAAGGCUUCUGAUGGUCGUCCAGAUGUAGAAGUUGCGGACGAGUGUUGGAGAUACCAUAAAGCUCGAAAUGAUUCUAUAAUUGUGGAUGUUUGUCAAGGUCAAUAUAAGUCAACAUUGGUUUGUCCAGUUUGUAGAAAGAUUUCCAUUACUUUUGAUCCAUUUAUGUAUUUGUCAUUGCCGCUACCUUCAACUGUCACCCGCAGUGUGACAGUGAGUGUGUUCUAUGGUGACGGUAGUGGUCUUCCAAUGCCAUACACUGUGACAGUACAAAGACAUGGUUGCACCAAGGAUCUCACCCUUGCAUUGGCUACAGCGUGCUGCUUGAAGAGUGAUGAAGAUCUUCUGCUUGUAGAGGUUUAUGAUCACAAGAUUUACCGAUAUUUUGAUAACCCUCUUGAAUUUUUGGCCUCAAUUAAAGAUGAAGAGUAUCUAGUUGCCUUUCGCCUUCCAAAAAGGGAAUCUGGAAGACCAAAGCUAGAGAUCAUUCACAGAUCGGUGGAAAAAUACUCAACAGACCAUUCGAAGGGCUUGGAGAGAAAGCUUUUCGGAACUCCUUUAGUCACAUAUUUGGGAGAAGAGUUCCAUAGUGGAGCUGACAUAAAUGCAGCUGUGUCUAAGAUCCUCUUUCCCUUGAGAAGAACAUACUCUUCAACUGUAUCUCAUAGUAGCAAAGAAAAUGACUUUGUUUUUGAAAUUAAUGAUGAACCAGCCAACUGCAGUCCUCGGUCUGGUUCUAGGAGCCAGUCAAUGGACAAUGAAGUAAAGGAGACAUCUGAAAAAGAGUUAUUCUUUCAACUUCUUUUAACCGAUGCUAGCGGUGUGAGCUGCAAGCCAAUUGGUAAGGAUUCUGCUAUAAAACAUGGUCCACUUAUAAAGGUUUUCUUGGAUUGGACCGACAGAGAACGUAAACUAUAUGACGUGGGCUACAUCGAGGAUUUUCCUCCUGUUCACCAGACAAGGUUCAUGAAGAAAACACGGCAGGAAGCAACCUCUUUAUUUUCAUGCUUGGAAGCAUUCCUGACUGAAGAACCUUUAGGUCCUGAUGAUAUGUGGUACUGCCCUGUGUGCAAAGAACAUGGACAGGCUACAAAGAAGUUAGACUUGUGGAAGUUGCCAGAGAUUAUUGUGUUUCACUUGAAACGUUUUUCAUACCGCAGAUACCUUAAAAGAAAACUCGAUACCUUUGUUGAUUUCCCUAUUCACAAUCUUGACUUGAGCAAAUAUGUGAAGAGCAAUGAUGGAAAAUCUUACUUAUACAACCUAUAUGCCAUUAGCAACCAUAAUGGUGGUCUUGGCAGAGGGCACUACACUGCAUAUUCAAAGUUAAUCGAUGAGAAGAGGUGGUACCACUUCGAUGACAGUCACGUUUCCCCGGUCGAUGAAGAAGAGAUCAAGACAUCGGCUGCUUAUUUGCUGUUCUAUCAAAGAGUUGAAAAAUGAAUUGGAAAAAAGCAUCACAAGCCCUCCACCAGAAAUGGAUAUUAUGACUCUGGAUUGUGCUGUUUCAGCUGCGUUCCGGCUGCUACAAGGAAGCUUAACUUUUCAUGGUUCAAGCAUUAAUGAAGGCCAAUCAAAGGGAGAAAUAGAAUAGUUCAAACGAGGAAUUCUACAGUUUGGAGGUACAUAAAAGCGUCCUACAGUUUAGAGGUACAUAAAAGCGUAUAUUCAUCAAUUCUUUGAGAUAAAUUUUGUUGUGUGAUUAGGUAGGUCGUGUAGAUUUGGAGCAAAUCUGCCUCUAGAGGCAAAGUGGUGGCUGCCAUUCAUUUGUUGUUAGCUGUUACCAUGGUGGCUGCUGACCAUUUACUGUUGUUACUGAUUAACUCAAGGAAAUUUUUAGUGUAAUGCAAAACUUAGGCCAACCCUUUCCAUUGUCA